AGACUUGGCGAGAUAAACGACAGUAAAAUACGAACACUGAAACGACUAAAGUUCCGAAGAAAAACGACCCGUGAAAAAUGGCUUUCGGCAGAAAUGUUUCCAAAGAAUUCACGAGGAUAAUAAUUUUGAUUCUUUUUGCGUCGCCGGUGAUAUCUGCAAAUAUCAACUGUGAUGGGAAAGCCUUCCACUGCGUGAACUCAACUCAUUUCAUGAUAUGUGUGGAUUUGGGUGGCGGUGUUUUAAGUGCAUUAGACAGUUUUGUUAUACCGUGUCCUCUUUCAACUGAAUGUCGAAAAACUAACUAUUACGAAUGUGAAUUUCCAAAGCCUGUGAAGUUAGAGACUAUGAAUAAAAGUGUAGUGAAUGUUUUAUCGCCAGUCAUUGAACCAACAACCAUAUCAACUGAAACAAGUGCAUCAAGCCCAAAAGAGUUGUCUUCCUAUACAACAGGUAGUAGUAAUCCAAGUAUUACAGUCCUUCCCGAAGUUUCUAAUAAUGUAUAUGUGGAUAAAUCAGAUCUUCCACAGGAGUCAAUUGGUAAUAAUGUACCGAUAACAACCGAGUCUUUUAAAUCUUUGCUGGAUACUGCUACAGAAAAUGAAACGAUGCUUGGUCGAAAUUCAUUCGAUGAUACCAUUUCACCUAACAAAGCAGAUACAGUUCAAGUUUCUACAGUUAGUAGGGAACUAAACCAAACAUUUCAAGAUCUAGUCGAUAUCAAUGUGUCAAGUACAAUUGAUUACAAAACCGCAGUAAAUACCAGUAAUACCAGGAAAACUCAGACUUUCGAAAUUUUAAACGACACUAUGAAACUCACUUCAACUGACAUCUUUCAAAUGCCAGCUAAAACUUUAAUAAAUAGUAUUUCAAAUCUUAAUACUAUAACUGCGCUUGUACAAGAAAAUACUACUAGUAGUCCAUUAAGUACCACUGGUUAUUUUGAAACCAGAACAGAGAAUAGGGUACCGAAUAAACCGCUUUAUCCCUCGAAAAAAAAUACCACCAUGCAAAACAAAAUAGAAAACGUUCAAACAUCAACAGAUACUAAUUUAUUAAAUAUAUCAGACAACUUUCAAGGCCUAACUGGAAUAAGUGAAAAUACUCUUUCUUCCAAUGUAAUCAACAAAACGGAUUUUUAUCAAGCCCCUACAAAUAAAAGCGUAUCACAUAAACAUGAAUAUCUCAUAUAUCCCGAUACCAUAUCAAAUACAACUGAAUCCAAUCAAACUCCAACAGAUAUUAGUACAACCACUAAAACAGAGCUUUUAAAUGAUGGAUUACCAAUAGAUACAAUAUUAUUAAAUUCAGAUAACUUUCAAGGACCGGGUGGAACUAGUCAUUUACCACCUGCAGAAGAUGUAAAUAAACAGAAUUAUACCCAGACCUAUCAAUUAGAACUAGAUGCCAAUAUAAAUAAUAAAACAGAUAUUUUUAAUGCCAGUUCAUCAAGUAAAUUGAAAAGUUUACAGGAGCUAGUUACAACGAAUUUGCAAAGUACGAAAGAGUAUUUUAAAUCUACAACAGAUACACGUGCACCGUUUGACACACAGUUGCAUAAAAUAAAAUACACAAUUACAGAUAAUAAAACAGAACUAUUAGAAGUAACAGAUAAUAUAUCAAGAACAAUGGGAUAUAUUCAAAUGUCAACAGAUUCGAGUAUGUCCAUUGCGAGAGAUCAAAUUGAUGUUGACAUCAUAAAUGAAAAUAACAAAUAUGUAACAAAUUCAACAUCAAUAAUUAAUGAAUUGCAAUAUACAGAUUUUCAUCCAAGUAAUGCAUCUGCAGUAACAAACGUUGAUAAUAUAGUUGAAAAUAAUCUAAAUAAUUAUUUACAAAAUAAUUCGGACAUCGAUUUUAAUCAAAAUAACGCAGCAGAAGUUUUUGUUAAAAACACUACUGAUGUCCACAAUAAAGAUAAAGCGUUAAAUAAAGUGACGAAUAAUAAUAGUACUUUAUAUGACAUUACCAAUUAUAGUAAUCUUAGUCAAGUUAUGAUUACAAUAAAUGAUAUUGUAACAAACACUUAUAAGGAUAUCAAUAUUAAUACAGCAACUAAAAUCGAGGAAUUCGAUACACCAACAACUGAAAAUAGCCGAAAUCAAGAAAUAAUCACAGAAAAUGACUUUAUGCCAAAUAAAAGGAACAUGGGAACUACAGACGCCGUAUCCAGAAACACCAUGCCGCCACUCGAACUCCAGAGUGAUGUUGAUUUAAGUACAACACAUUUAACAUUAUUUUCUGCACCACCGACGUUACUGGAUAUAGCGUCAAAUACGGAAAAUAGUAAUAGAGUUGAGGAGAGACAUUUAGAACAUACGACUUCAUACGUAACUGCAACUAACUCCAUGUAUGACGACAUUAAGUACACAGCACAGUUAGCAAAUACCAAUGACAAUAUACCUACUAUAAAUAAUAAUGUUAAUAAUCGAAUAGUAAAUAGAACUAGGAAAUUCGACAAUUUCGAUGAAUUCAAAUUGGAGCCGGUAAACAUUCUUAAUAAUACUAAUAACAUUAAAUUGAAAAAUAUAACCAAUGCAGCUGUGCCUCAAACUUCAUAUACGACUGAAUUGUAUAUAAGCGAGAUAAGUAUAUUAAAUGAUAGUGUAAUCAACCAAACUUAUUAUCCUACAUCUGUGUCUGGCUUGACGGAGAUAGCUCAGAAUUCAGAACUUCAAACAACAACCCCGAACACUUACAUAUAUUCUACGACUGAAUAUAUUGAAAAUGGAAAUCAGUUACUUUUUCCAGAAACUACUACUACUAGUACACCUACACUUUCUUCUAACAUCAAAAAUGAAUACAAGGAUGUUUUAAAUAUAAAGCAAACACAUGCCGAAAACUCGUAUAAUUUAUACUCUAAUACAAAUGGUUCUCCGAUCACCGAACCAGUAACAAGUCAAAUAGAGCUUGAUAAUCAUUCCUUAUUUGAUAAUACAAACACCACGAAACAAGAAUUAAAUAAAACUGAUACAAAACAUACGCAUGUCACUUCAGACCAUAUUGAAAUCAAAUAUCAAAGCUUAAACAAACAAAAAGUUUCUGAAUUAAUUAUAGACAAAAAUAAUGUUACAAAUAGUAAUAAAAGAGUAAAUAGUAUUACACAAUCGGAAAAUAUCGAUGAAUCAAAUUUGGAGACAGUGAACAUUCAUAAUAAUAAAAGCCAUAUAUUGAAAAGUAUACCUACUGCACCAGAGUCGCUUAUUACAUAUACAACUGAACAAUAUAAGAACACGAUAACUGUAUUAAAUGAUAGUACAAUCAACCAAACUUUAGUUACACCAUUCUCUGGUUUAAUGGAGAUAACAAUAGCUACGAACACUGGCGCAAAUACCACGGCUGAAUUUGCUGAAAAAGAAAAACCAUUAAUUUUUCCGGAAACUUCUACUAGUAAUACCAAGUCUUCCUCUAAAACAAAAAAUGAUCACCAUGGUGUUUUAAAGACAUUGCAAACAGAUGCUGAAGAUGCAAAAAAAAUAUAUUCUUAUACCAAUGACUCUUUAAUCACAGAACCAGCAACAAGUCUAAUAGAUGUCGACUCAAAAUUUAGUCAGCAAGACACUACUAAUUAUACUCCUUUUUUGGAUAAUAAGAAUACCACGAUGACGAUAGAUUUAAAUAACACUGGUACGAAACACAUUCAGGCCACUACAGACCAGAUUAGAAUAGGAGUUACAAGUGCAAAUAUGCAAAAGUAUUCUGAAACCACAAUAGGAACAAUUAAUGUUGUAAAAUCGAAUGCUAAUAUGGACACGGGUGUGUCUGAUCCAAAUACUAAAAGUGUAAAUUUGAGUGAAUCACCCUUAACCUACAAUUUUAUUAAAAUGUUUUCCGUGUCGAAUUUGACAAGUUUUCAAGAACCUGUUACUGUAAAAAUGGAGAUCAAAAAUGAUAUAGUUGACUACCAAAUGCCUGAAACAACCACAGGUUAUUUACAAGUAGAUUCAAUAAACGAAUCAGUCAAUACUAACCAAUCAAAUUUACCUUCUACGACGCGAUUUCAAAUUAACAAAGAAAACAAAGAAACAAUAAACAAUACACAGGUUACUGAUCCUCCAACAGCUUCUUAUCAAUUCAUUAUUGACAAAUCAUCUGUUAAUGAUAUAUAUGCAGGAGUUAAUAACACUUACAGGAGGAUACAUGAGAAACUGGUUGCGACAUCAAAUCACAUGAAGACGGUAAAAAAAAAUAUUUCGCCAAUUCUUCUUAAUACAGGUUAUAAUUCUGAUGCCAAUAGUAGCAUAUUAACGAAUAAAACAAUUUCGGAAACUUUUCAUACCAUUACAAAACUAACUGAUAACAUUCAGACUCAAACAGAGAAGAAAAGUCGUGCACAAAGCAUGCGACCUAAUGUUAACAGCAUUUAUAAACCUGAAAUGCAACCAACUGAUAAUUUAAAAAUCACAGCACAGGCAUAUGAAUAUCAUUUAAAAAACAAGGUCCAGCCAAAUAUUUCUCUUAGUACAGAUUUAAAUGACUAUACCAAAGACGCAUUAAAAAUUGGAGGCCCGACACAGCCAACUAGAGAAACAGCUUUAACAACUAAUGGGACAUGGAACUAUCCAAGUGCGCCCCAAAGUUUUGGCAAUAAUAUAACCAAUUCAAGUUAUUUGUAUAACAAUUCGCAAAAUAUACCAUUAGGAAAUGAUUCAUUAAUAUCUUCGAAAACAAAUGUGGGUGAACAAAGCCCAUUUAUCCAAAUAAAUUCAACAAGGUCUACCAUAAACGUCAAAUAUAGGAAAUCGCUACAAUCAAUAGUCGCGAUGAAUAAUGGAACUACAUCAAAAUCAAGCCAGCAAAAAAGCUUUAGUAAGAAUAAUACUAUGGAAAAAAAUGAGACACAUAUUCUACAAAAGCCGGAGACAAUUAUUCAUGUACAAAAAUUACAGUUUCAUUGUCAUAAUCGAAGUAGAGGUAGAUAUUCUGAUACAGAAGAUUGCAGUAUAUUCUACAUUUGCAUAGGAAAACUCGAACCUAUUAUAGGAAAAUGUCCAGCACGUACAGUUUUUAGUGACAUAAGAAAGCAAUGUACUAAAAAUAUGUCACACUGUAUUCGACAAAGUAAAUUUAAAUGUACAACAGCAGGAAGAUUUUCUGAUAUUUUAAAACCAAAUACUUACUACAUAUGCGUGCGAAGAAAUAUAAGUUUUGUUAGGUAUAAAUUUCAAUGUCUUAAUGGUUAUUUUUUAAAUAAGACAUUGGUCAAAUGUAUGGUUGAUACUGAACCAGAAUCUCAACGACAAACUUCGGUAUCUUAUGAUAGUAGCAAAAGUGACAUAAGCUUUAAUGAAAAUUCAAACACAAACAAAGCAAGCAGUAAAAUAGACAGUAUAAAAAAAUCUGAAAAAAUAUUUAAAUGUGAAAAGGAAGGAAAAUUCGCGGACAAAAGUGACUGUAGAAAGUAUUAUCUUUGCACAAAAAAUAAUAAAUCUGAAUUUCGUACUCGUAAGAAAAAAUGUGAAAGUGAUGAAGUAUUUCAUAAAGAUGAAAAAAAGUGCGUAGAUGCUGACAGUAAUGAAUGUUAAUGCGAUAUGUUAAUAAAUAAUGAAAAAUUAGCUAUAUUUCUAUUUAAUUAAAUGUGAUUGUUCGAAUUAUUCCCUGUAUUUUGUAAAAUAAAGAAAACAGCAAAGUAAAUUAUGAUGUUUUAUUUGAGAAAUUUUGUUAAACUUAAGAGAUAUGUACUUAAAUAGGAUAUUAUUAUCAAAAUAAAUAUUAUUGCUUGUAGAAAAUGUAUUAUGCACUUAAUAUGUAGUAUCUACACUAAUAAUAUUCUAAAUUGUUUUUAUAGUUUCUGUACCUUCUUCGAGGUUCUGCAUGCGAGGUUUUCUAUAGGCUAAUCCAAAAUUUUGCAUAAACUGAUCUUCGUCGUCUCUCUCCAAAGUGAGGCAAUAUUUGCUAGAGAAGACUGUGCAUCUUAUGGAAUUUUCUCCCCUUACAGGUCUCGAUGGGCAGAAGUACGCUGCACGCACAGGGCCGUUUUCAUCAGUAACAGUAAACUUGUAAUGCUUACACUCUAUCGGAUUACUUUCCCGAUCCCUUGUCGGUUCAAACUUCGGCACAUUGUUGGGCAUAUCCCCUCUUCUGUUUUGAUUUCCAAAAAGUUCUAGAGAUGGCUUGGUUGUGUUGACUACGGGGCAUUUAUACUUUUCCGGGCUUGAGCAAGUGCGAGUGAAGCCGUUGAAUACAGUAUCGCCACCGCAUUUAAAUUUGAUGCCUUGGAAGCGAUUGUUGUUGGGAAUGCAAAGGAUAUAGCCUUUACAAUUGGGUACAGUGGGGUCUGCGAUGCGUUCGUUUCUAUGGCAACGCAGUCUCUUCUUCACUUCAGGAUCGAUGUAAUUAAUCGUGUUGUCGCACACAUCGAUUGAAUCUUCGUUGCAGACCGAAUCGGAGGGACACUUGAAUGAAGGUCCCCUUAAGUUUUUUUCAUCGCAUAAUCUGAGUUUGGUAGGUCCUUCGCAAGAAAAACCGUAAGGGCCACAAACAAAACCGUUUGAAUUGAAGUUUGCGGCAUGUGCUUGUUUACAAAGUAUCACCUAGAAAGAUAAAUAUUUGGUAUUUAGAAUGGACUUUCCUAGACGCUAUGAAUAUAUUUAAUUAAGUGACAUUGUUUGUUCUGCCGAUUAAAAUAGGACGUCACUGUGAGCCAUUGUAAGAGAUUGACGCGUUAAAUUUAGCGAAAAUUAAUACACAUAGACGAAUAUAAAAGAUAUACAUCUAAGUAGAUUGUACAUCGCUAGGUAACUAUAAACGAUUGAUUGGUUUAAUAAUGCAAUAGGCACAAAAUUCCCAAUACAAACACGUUUUAAUUAAUCUUUACAUUUGUAACUUAAAAAGUAUUUGCUAGUUUCAUAAUAGUGCUAGCAAAGCACAAAUUAAUACAACAGUAAAAAUCUAUGAAACACGUUAAUAGGAAUCGAUUGACGAAAUUACUUACCGCUAAUAAUACAGCACAGUUCAAUUGCAACAUUUUCCCGAUAAACAUAGUCAAGGUUACUACAAUACUGCAAGGCUACCAGGCGACUAAUAGCGGAGACUCGUGUCUUCACACCUCGCAUCUCGGACAAUUAUCGUUUUUAACACUCGCUCGUUUGGAGAAAUGGGUCCAUGUCACUGGACCAAUGUGUCACGUUCAUUGUUCAAUAGGUGCUUUUACGCACAAAAAUGGGCACAUUGUUUUCGAACUAACGACCGCCGGUAUCCUAUUGUGUGCAGUAACGAUUUGUCAUAAUCUUUCUACCGUGAAAAUAUUUACUGCACCGAGUGAAAGUAAAUUAGGUCAUUGAUAGGUUAUUUUUGAUACAUUAGAAAAAUAGUACAACCCUACUUACACCUAGCUACAUCAAAAAUAGGUUUUUUGAAGUAUAGAGAAGACGAGUGCCACUGUCAAGGCAAGUGGAUUCACUGGCACAGUUGCACUACGAAAAUGGAUCUUAAUGCUGUGUUAAAUAAUAAUUAUUAUCAUUUCGCAUCACUAGAGCAUUAACAGCUCGUAGCCACAAGAUGGUUGAUUGCCGGAGCUAAGGCCGGUGUCAAACCGGGUCUUUGUCUACGACCGGAAACGGUUUGGCGUACCGUCGCUAGCGCUGGCGUCGUGUGAUUAGCUUCAUAGUGUCCCAUAGAAGACUGACGACCGGACAUAGACCCGGUUCGACACCGGCCUUAGCUCCGGCGAAAAACCGUCUCGUGGGCAUGAGCCGUUAACGUACAUUACCAUGAAAACAUAUGUACCAAUUUUAGGGUUACUAUUUAGGUUCGCAAUAAUGAAAUUUGUUAAAAAAUCAUCAAUCACAACUCCAUCGUAGUUCCACUCAAACACAGUUAGAUACUUAGUAGGUAUGUAAAAUAAAAGCUUGAUGAAAUUCUCUAUGAUAAUAUUUAUUAGUCCUAAAUACAAAUUAAAUAUCUACUCAUCAUCGGAGGUUGACGAUUCAUUGUCGCUUUCUGAGCUUGUGGAACUCGCCGCGUCUCUUGAUGUACCUCCAGACUUGGCACUGCGGAAGAAUACGAAAGUUGAAAAUUUGAGACUACUAGUGGAUGAAAAGUGUUUCUUAUAUUCUAUACUGUAAAUGGGGAAUAAAACGCAAAAUUCAUUACAGAUGGCGCUUAUGGCCGUUUGGCCCAUAACAAGCAACCUUAUGAGAGGUAGGGUAUAGCGGAUUUUCCGCUCGAAUAGGAGCGUCUGUCUAGGUAAGUAACCUUGACCUUACAGAAAAAAUAACACUACUUUCUGGUGGUAUGUGUUUCUGUCGGUAAGUAAGGUUCCAGGACUCCACGGGGUAGGGGAUUGGGUCUUGAUACUUUUUUUUAUCGAAAGCGUCAUGGUAAGGUUGCCGCUUACCAUCAGGCGGGCCAUUUGCUUGUUUGCCACCACUUUAACAUAAAAAAACCCUGUGUCACUUCAAGGCUGCGUUCUGAACCUACGCUCUGAGUGCAACUUUUUACCCUGAUGACGUUUCAAUUUUGACAUAAAAUGUAUACAAAUUUGACAUAUGUUGCACCUGAAGCGUAGGUUUGGAACGCAGCCCAAGUCUAUCAGAAUUUGUCGGUUUUCCUUGUGACUUUAACAGCUGUCGCUAUUUGUUGUUAUGGGCAAUUGGACACCUGCGCCCCUGGCAGAAUAAAUUAGUGGUUCUCUUCCAUAUUGUGUAAACCCAGAGGUUUGCAAUAUCUGUAUCCGUGAAAUCAACAAUUAACCUUAUUCGAAAGGUAUCAUUGUAUCGUCGAGGGGAUGAGAUGGAUGUUACAUCAACUCGAAGGUUUCCUGUGCUAUUUAAACACGGUUUUUUUUAACGGGCAGUUUAAUAUAGCUUCGGGAACUAUAUACUGAAGGGUAGGUAGGCUUUGUAGCACAAAAUAGAUAGUACAGAACUUUCGACAUGUAUGAAAUUCAUUUUUGAUACCUACGCUCGGCGGCCGCUUUAGGAUUGUCAACUUUGACUUGUGCACAAAAAUUAAUUCUUUGUAGUGGCACUCGUAUACAUGUAUCUUGUUGUUUGAUUUAUUGUUGAAAAUGAAACAGAAAGAAUGGAAAAUAACUAAAAUAUUUCAAUUUCAAUGUUAUGUGACAAUUUACCAUUUAAUGUUGAACAUAAACAACCGUCUACUGAACAGUUGUAGUUGUUAUAAUUUUUUUCUUCAUUUUCCUCAAAUAAUUUCACAGACAAUGUCUCAAGCGGAUGGAAGUCGCGCUCGCAGUGGUCCCUAGCGGCCCGAGAUAGCAUGUCCGUGAGCGGUAUGUUUGUGUGCGUUGCUCAAGCGCACUUUGUAUGUAGUUUAAUUUCUGUAUUAUCUAUUUUGUGCUACAUAAUAGGUACAGACCGUUCACCGUAAGUAAGUAAGUAGUAGCAAGUAUUUCUGUCAUUAUUGUGUUAUUAUUGAAUUUAUCACGCUAAAGCCAUUUAAAAGCAGUGCAAGAGAGAGAGAGAGAGAAAAGGCAAACUCAACCCCGUUAAUUCCACUCAAUCGAAUGCGAUCUCGCGUCGCCGACAUGACAGGUUAGUAAAAUAGGGAGAUAUAUAGAAUUUACUGACAUAAAGAAUUAAAUUAAAAAAGUAGGCAUCUCAGUGAAUUUAAUUAAUCUCGUUAUGAUAUUGUCUUUGUUUCUGCUUAUAUAAAUAUUUAAUGUUAUAAAAGAAUACAAAUUUUAUGUGUCUAUUUCAGGCAUGUCGGAGAAAACCGUGAGUUGAAUAUCUAAAGAAGGUGAAGUUU